AUGGCUUCGGAAUCCACCCCAGCGAGUUCCGAGGCUCGCGAGUUGAGUUUAAUAUCGAAAGUUGAGCUCAGAAUCGCUCUAGCCGAUACAGAUGAGAAGCUCGAGAAUCUCCUCAAGACCUAUCUAGCGCCGUUGCUGCUCAAGUUAGGCUCCGAAAGCCUGGCAGUCCGCAACAAAGUAAUUGCCGUGUGUCAACAUGUCACCACCCGCGUUCAGGCGCCGUCGAUCAAACUUCCUGUGGAAGCGCUGCUGAAACAGUUCAAAGAGCAAAAGUCCCAGCUCAUCCGGCAUUUUGACUUGAUCUACCUUCAGCAAGGAAUCGAUCGCCUGGGCAUAUCCGAAAUCGGGACAUCCACCGACCAGGCGGCUGUUGUGUUUAAUCUUGUCCUGCGCCUGCUGCCUCUGUUGAAACUGCCACCAAAAGAUAGCGAUGAUGAUGUGCAGCUGAAAUCGCGCCUGGGCCUCUCCGACCAGGAUACCCAGUUUCUGGCUUCGUGGUUCGAGAAGCUAUUGAUGUUGUCUCCCCCAGCCAAUGGCGCAUCCACGUGUCCAGGACUGACAGCCUCGGAUUUCAAGUUUCUGAACAAAGGGGCGCCUAUGGCAGAGACGUGGAACCCAUCGGCAAAUGGUGGACUGAACCUCACGGAGACCAAGGUUACUGCUUUGAGAUUCCUUGCCAGCGGGGCUUUCACUGAUUCGGAGCGUUUCCUUCCUGCUUUGAUUGCCUCCGCCGACGCGAAUUCUCGCCUUUCCGACAUAGGAGAGGAAAUUUUAAAACGGUUCAUUCCGGACCUUGAGAAUCCAGACGUUGUACAGCAACUCUACAACAUGUACUUCGGAGAGGGGACGCCCGAGGGAGCUCCUCCAGUGCGUCCUGCUCUGCAGACAAAGGUCCUAGCCUAUCUAGGGAAAUCGAUACACGCCACCACCAAGACAGAUAAUGUCCUGAGGUUGAUUGAAGAAGGGCUUCUGUCAGACAAUGCAAGGUCCUCCCUGGGAUUGCAAGCUUCUAAGCUGCGGACACAGAUUUUCACGUUUACUACAUGGGUAGUUCGGAUGGGGUCACCGUCAGAUCUUAAGAGUAUGGCGCCUAAGCUCAUAGCUGGCUUGAGAGACUUCAUCCAGUCUCAAGGAUGGCCGAGCCCAGGAGCAAGCGGGCAGAAAUUGCCUGCCACUGACAUGAGCUUACGAGGCCUUGCUUAUGAAAGUAUCGGUAUUCUGGUACCCAAAGUCGAUUUCCAAAUGCACGAAGACCAAGAGGGUCUCUCAGGGUUUGAGCUGAUACGAUGGUUGUUUAUAUCACUGGGUUCGGAUGACUCGAGCUCUCAAAUAUUCGUCAGUAUUGAGCAAGCCCUGGGUAGUAUACUCAAUUCCUCAGUAGAUAGCUGGGAUAAAGAGUUCCAGGAGAAUCUUCGCCCGUUUUUGGUUCAUCAGAUGAACAAUAACCCUGGCGGAGAGGACUCAGCGACCGGGUUUCAGGUAGUCCGCGAUACGCAGUAUGCUGCCGUCCGCUUCGCCAACAGGUUCCUCCCGUUCAAUGAUGUCGUUGCUCGCUGGAUCGACCUUAUGGCAGUGGCUCGGGGAACAGAACGACAUCAGGAGGUGGUGGAAGAAGGCAAAAAGGGGCUGCAUCCCUAUUGGUACCGACUCAUCAAUUCCAGCAAGGACAAGAACUGGGUCACUUCUGUUACAGAAGAGUCGCGUGCGUCCUGGUUCAAGUUCCCACAAUUCUCUGACGCUGUCUGUUUCCUACUCGGGUCGAAUCCUUCUCCGGUAGCGACGGUGCAUGGCCUGUCUGCUAUAGAGAUGCUGCCAGCCCCUUACAAGGAUGCGUUCGCCCCGACUAUAUCUUUCCUUAGGGAUGUCCUUCUUUGGGAGGCGUUCUCGGAAUCUGGCAUUCAGACGGACAUAGAGCAAGACUGGGAUAUCAAACUGGACUUGCUGCUCACUUCUGAUGAACAGGCCCGAGAGGGUUUGAAGAGAUACAUACGGUCUUCCAAUAAAGAAGCAGUCGUGCUAUUCUUAUUAGGGGCUCUGAAGGGCCUUGUCGGGGAACAUCGAGAUGGACGGCAGAAAUGCGGAGAGCAGUUUAUCAGUAUUUGUUCGGCAUCGUCAAAUGAUAUUGUGGACGCUCUCGUCCCCCAAGCGCCCAGGUUGACACGCCCCCUAUAUAGCAAUGAUCAGGGGGUCCAGAAUGUGGCUGCGAGGGCCCUGGGAAUUCUGGCUUCUCACUCUGCGUUCUCGCAGGAUAACUUGGCGAUACUCGUCAACGACCUGUCAAACCCUAUCCGACUGUGGCAGUCGGCUAUAGGCGAAGCAGUUCUUGGAGUCCGCGGCUCGAUUUUGGCAAUGGCAUACUUACUGAGCCGACUUGCUUUCCGCGACAAGGUCAACAGAGUCCCUGAUGCACACGUGGGUCAGUUUAUCGAUUCGGUCUUUGCUAUAACCGAGAAUGCACGCGACUCUCACCUCCGACAGUCGGCGCAGAUUGCAAUCGGUCAGCUUGGUCUUUCGGGUGUUCUGUCACCAACCGCACUAUCUGACGAAAGGUGGAAGACGAUCAAAGACAAGCUAAAGGCGGAUGCAAAAGCCGAAAGUGAGAUUGCCAUCAUGUCGUUGGGAUUUUUGUCCAUGGUGUUUUCGCGAGAGGACGCCGAUAAUCAGCAGUUCAAGGGCCUUCUGGAUAUUCUCUACGAGUUGCAUGAGAUCCGCAGCCCUGAAGUACAAUUCACCGUGGGUGAAGCAUUGAGCAACACUGCAGUGGGUUGGAAGUCCAAGUCGCUAGCCACUGAAUUUGAUGUUGACGAACGUCCUCUUGUAUCAACAAUUCCUGGCUCAGUGCUGGCCAGCAUACUUGAUAAAGUCAUUUCCGACUGUACUGCCUCGAAGCCGUCGCUCAGGAAAGCGUCUGCCAUUUGGCUAUUAUGCCUGGUGAAGAACUGUGGUUCUCUGACGGAAACACAAGCCCGUCUACGUAAAUGCCAGGGCACUUUCGCAGCGCUGCUCUCCGAUCGCGAUGAAGUGGUGCAAGAGACUGGAGCGCAGGGUCUGAGCCUCGUCUACGAAAUGGGCGACCAGGCAUUGAAAGAUGAUCUCGUCCGCGAUUUGGUGGACUCUUUUACUGCGAACAAUUCCAAUCUCGCUGGAGGUCGCGUCAAUGAAAACACCGAGCUGUUCGAGCCUGGAGCUUUGCCCACUGGGAAUGGAUCAUCGGUCAAUACAUACAAGGAUAUCAUGAACCUUGCAUCUGAAGCCGGAGAUCCUACCCUGGUGUAUCGGUUCAUGUCACUGGCAUCCAACAACGCCUUGUGGACUAGCCGUGCCGCGUUCAGCAAGCUGGGGAUCAGCAGCAUUUUCUCUGAUUCUAGUGUGAACGGAUAUCUCGCCAAAAACCCCAAGAUUUACCCGAAGCUGUUCCGCUACCGCUUUGAUCCUAAUCCCAACGUUCAGCGGUCCAUGAACACCAUCUGGCAAGCCCUGGUCAAGGAUCCUUCGGCUGUGGUCAACGAUCAUUUUGACGAUAUCAUGGGUGACCUGUUGAAGAGUAUAAUGACGGGACGAGAAUGGCGAGUCCGACAGGCAAGUUGUGAUGCUAUCUCGGACUUGAUCCAAGGUCGCCAGCCCGAAAGAUAUGCAAGGUACAUGGACGAGAUCUUCACCAAAGCAUUUAAGCUGGUUGAUGACAUUAAGGAAUCGGUUCGGACGGCGGCUCUCAAGCUUUGUCAGACAAUCACGGGUGCUGUGAUUCGUUCUUUGGAGACAAGUGAUGCUGACUCAAAACGAGCAAGUACAAUGCUGGAGAGCACCAUCCCCUUCUUGCUAAGCGACAAAGGUAUGGAGUCUGGUGUGCAAGAGGUGCAGGGGUUUGCAAUUGGGUCGUUGGUGCAGAUGAUAAAGAAAAGCCCUGGCGGUCCUUUGCGGCCAUUCGUACCUCGAAUAAUCGAGCAGUUCUUGAGCUCCUUGAGCUCGCUGGAACCCCAAGCUGUCAAUUAUGUUCACCUGAACGCCGAUAAAUACGGGUUGACCGGUCAAGAGAUUGACAAAAUGAGGCUCUCCAGCAUUCGCACGUCUCCUAUGAUGGAGGUUAUUGAACGGUAUCUCAUUGACAUGCUUGAUGAAACUGGAAUGAAAGAGUUUGCGACUAAGCUGGAGGGGGUACUGCGGUCAGCUGUUGGACUUCCCACCAAAGUCGGUGUCAGCCGAGUGCUGGUGCUGUUGAGCAUGAAGACCAUGCUCUUUCGGCCGUAUGCGGAUCGGUUCAUCCAGCUCCUCGGGAAAUAUGUCGUGGACCGCAAUGACACGGUCAGUGCGUCUUACUGCACGUCAAUAGGGUAUCUUGUCCGGUUAGCAUCCGACGACCGGGUCUUGAAGACCAUUGAGCAUGCAAAGAGUCUCUACCUGACGGCUGAAGACGCAAAUCAGCGAGUCAUCUCUGCCGAGAUCCUUCAGUCGACGUCGAAGCUGUCGAAUGACCGGUUCAUGGCCUUUGCGGCUAGCCCCUUGCCCUUUAUUUUCGUGUCGAAACAUGAUACCGACGAGCACGUGAAGGAGGUGUUUGAGAGCUAUUGCCAUCCGGGAGGCGAAACGGAACCACCAAGCCUAUCGUCCGCACGGGCUUACGGCGUUGGGCAAAAUGUGGAAGAUACACUGGCGGCUUGUGUUGAAUGCCUCCUACAAUGCCUCAACCCGUCGCUAAGCAUCUCCGCGCAGGUGGUGAAUGACUAUCUCGCCGAAAUCACCCCCCUUCUCAACAAGGCGCUGAGUCACGGCGGGCGCAAGGUGCAGGUUACGCUGUACGAGCAACUGCAGCAAGUGUUCCGGGGCCUCGAAACGUGGGCUCCACACCGGGGCAGCGAGGAACCCGAUCUACGUGAGCUGCAAGGGCCCUUGUCGGCGCUAGCGGGGGAGAUGUUUGCGCGUGAGAUUGAUGUGUCGGCCGAAGCGAUCCGCAAAGGGCGAGCUGAGGCCGCCGUGGGGUACAUCUCACUGUGCCAGGGGCAUGGGAUGGAGGUGUACGGGGGGCUGCGGGAGGAGAUGCAGAGGUGGAGGGCGGGCGAGCGGUCUGGUCCGUUGCAGAGUCUUCUUGACCGGGGGAUGGAGAAGCUUGCUUAG